AUGAAGAAGGCAUUGGGUCUCAAAUCGCCGGGUUCGGGCUCCAAGAAGAGUCUUGGGUCCAGUGGGUCUGGGUCGGGACCUGGAAAGCCCAAGCGGGUUAUGACGGUGGGUGAGCUGAUGAGGAUCCAAAUGGGGAUUUCUGACGCUAUGGACUCUAGAGUCAGGAGAGCUCUGCUUGGGAUUUCUGCUGCUCAGGCCUUCAUUCAGAACUUGGCAUUGUUUCUCACUUCAUUUUACAAGGAUGGGGAAACAUUGGACAAUGAGUUGGAGGUUGUUGAGGGAAUGAAGCUAGACAGGGGUUACAUAUCCCCUUAUUUCAUCACCAACCAGAACAAUCAGAAAUGUGAAUUGGAAAAUCCUCUAAUCAUAAUCCAUGAGAAGAAAAUCUCAAGUAUUAAUGUUGUGGUUAAAGUAUUGGAGUUGGUUUUGCAGAAGCAAAGUUAUGAUUUCAGAUCUGUAGAUAACCUGUUGUUGCUGAUAUUGCUACACGGGAGGAGAAUAGAACAGCUUGGAAAAUGUGCAAGAAGGGAGAGCUAA